GGGAGCGGCAGCGGCAGCGGCGGCAGUGGAGGUUCGGCUCCACCGCCCGCAGGGAGAGCGGCUCCGCGGGUCCGGAGUUUGCGGGUAACCUGCCACUUGCUCCCCUUCUGCUCUCCUCCACCUCUGUCUGGCAGCUCUGAUAUGGGACAUUCCCCUUGUGCUAUGUGACCUGGACUCGGUGGCAUGCUGUGUUCUUCAGCCUCCUGCAUCCUUACGGUGACUGCAUUCCUGGCAUACCAGACUUCAGAUGGCUUGAGAAGCAUCUCAAGCAGACUGGACUAUCUCCUGCUUUGACUCUCCCUCCCCGGAUGCAAAUUUCCUCUUUCUACAUUCCAGAAAAGGGCGGGCUCCCCAAGGUGCUGGGGGUAUCUCUGUGGGUCUGUGGAGGAGCCAUGCCCACCUAGCGCUGCCCAGGCUCUCGACGAGCUCAAGAUGGCGGCACAGAGGAUCCGGGCAGCCAACUCCAGCGGCCUGCUGCGCUGCAAGUCGGAGGGGACGCUCAUCGACCUCAGCGAGGGCUUCUCAGAAAGCAGCCUGUGCGAUGUCAAAGUGCCUUCUCCUAGUGCCUUGCUGGUUGACAAUCCCACAUCCUUUGGAAAUGCAAAGGAAGUAAUAGCAAUCAAAGAUUACUGUCCAACUAAUUUCACCACUUUGAAGUUCUCUAAGGGGGACCAUCUUUAUGUCUUAGACACAUCGGGAGGCGAGUGGUGGUAUGCUCACAAUACCACAGAGAUGGGUUACAUCCCUUCCUCCUACGUCCAGCCUGUAAACUACCGCAACUCUUCCUUAACGGACAGUGGGAUGAUAGACAAUCUACUGGAGAGCCCUGACGAGGGGGUCAGGGAGCUAGACCUGCUUGGAGAAUGGACUGAUGCGAAAAGAAACUCUGUGAAAGCCCACAAUAAUAACCCUUUCUUGAAUGGUGUCCAGACAAACCCAUUUCUGAAUGGGAAUUUGCAGACGUUGACCGGCUCAGACAGAGAGCCCAACUCCAAAGCAUCUGUUGACUUGCUGCUCUUUGACACCGGGCCUCCUACUUCAACAGUUUCUAGCUCGGCUGCCAAUAGCAGCAUGGGUAACAUUUUUGAUGAAUUUCCAUCCACAAACAGGCUGGACCUGGAAGAGCCCGUGAAAAGGGACAAUCCCUUCUUCAGGAGCAAACGCUCUUACAGCUUGUCUGAGCUGUCAGUUCUGCAAGCAAAGUCGGACACUCCGGCACAGUCUGGUUUUUUCAAUGGUCUAAAAUCUCCCACUCCUGAGCAAUUCCAGAGCCGGGAAGAUUUUAGGACCGCAUGGUUGAACCAUAGGAAGCUGGCCAGGUCUUGCCAUGACUUGGAUUUGCUUGGUCAGAAUCCUGGCUGGGGUCAGACACAACCGGUGGAGACCAACAUUGUCUGCAAACUGGAUAGCUCUGGUGGAGCUGUUCAGCUUCCAGACACCAACAUCAGCAUCCAUGUGCCAGAGGGUCAUGUGUGCCCUGGGGAAACACAGCAGAUCUCUAUGAAAGCUAUGCUAGAUCCGCCACUGGAGCUCAACAGUGACAAGUGCAGCACCAUUAGCCCAGUCCUGCAGAUCAAACUCAGCAACAUGGAGGUGAAAACUUUCAUCAUUCUGGAGAUGAAGGUAUCUGCAGAGGUCAAGAAUGACAUCAUGAGCAAGAGUUUGGUAAGACUACAGUGCCUACGGAGUGACAUGAAAGAGGGGCCGUACACGCCAAUGCAGCUGAGCUAUUCUUAUGGGGACACGAUACAGGUGCAGCUGGAGAACCUAGAGCCUUGCAUGUACAUCGCUGCUGUAGCUCAAGGGCAGAACAUCCUCUAUCCUUACACUGUUUGGGAUUACAUCAGCAAGAAGAUCACAGUUGGUGUCUACGGCCCAAAACAUAUUCACCCUUCCUUUAAAACAGUCGUGGCCGUGUUUGGGCAUGAAUGUGCACCCAAGACUCUCCUAGUGAACGAGGUCACGAGGCAGUCCCACAGCCCAGCUCCAGUUGCCCUUCAGCUCUGGGGUAAGCACCAGUUUACUCUGUCCCGGCCUCAGGACCUCAAGCUCUGCAUGUUCUCCAACAUGACCAACUAUGAGGUGAAAGCUAGUGAGCAAGCCAAAAUUGUGCGAGGCUUCCAGAUGAAGCUGGGCAAGGUCAGUCGCCUUAUCUUCCCCAUUGCAUCCCACGACCCCAACGAGCUCUCGGAUUUCACACUAAGGAUACAGGUCAAAGAUGACAAGGAUGCCAUUUUGACCCAGUUCUGCGUCCAGACACCACAGCCGCCUCCUAAAAGUGCCAUCAAACCGACAGGGCAGAGGCGGUUCCUCAAGAAGAACGAGGUUGGAAAGAUCAUCCUUUCACCUCUGGCUGCCACUGCCAAGUAUCCGGUUUUUCAGGACCGGCCGGUGUUGAGCUUGAAGUAUGGCAAACUGCUGAAAACAGUGGUGCGGCAAAGCAAGAAUCACUAUUUGCUGGAGUACAAGAAGGGAGAUGUCAUAGCCCUCCUCAGUGAGGAGAAGAUCAGGUUGAAGGGACAACUGUGGACAAAGGAGUGGUAUAUUGGCUACUACCAGGGCAAAAUUGGCCUUGUGCACACCAAAAACGUGCUGGUGGUUGGAAAGGUCAAACCCAGCUACUUCUCUGGGCCUGAUCUCACCACCAGCCUGUUGCUCGAGCAAAUCCUCAGACCCUGCAAAUUCCUAACCUACAUCUAUGCCUCCGUGAGGACUCUUCUCAUGGAGAACCUCAGCAGUUGGAGGUCCUUCGCCGAUGCGUUGGGCUAUUUGAACUUACCACUCACGUUUUUCUGCCGAUCAGAGUUGGACAGCGAGCCAGAGCGAGUGGCCUCUGUGUUGGAGAAGCUGAAGGAAGACUGCAACAACACAGAGAACAAGGACAGGAAAUCUUUUCAGAAGGAGCUGAUGAUGGCCUUGCUGAAGAUGGACUGCCAAGGGCUGGUGGUCAGGCUUAUCCAGGACUUCGUGCUGCUCACCACGGCCGUGGAGGUGGCCCAACGCUGGAGGGAGCUGGCUGAGAAGCUGGCCAAGGUCUCCAAGCAGCAGAUGGAUGCCUACGAGGCCCCGCACCGCGACAAGAGCGGGGUGGUGGACAGUGAGGCCAUGUGGAAGCCCGCGUAUGACUUCCUCCUCACCUGGAGCAGCCAGAUGGGUGACAGCUACCGGGACGUGAUUCAGGAUCUGCACACAGGGCUGGACAAGAUGAAGAACCCCAUCACCAAGCGUUGGAAGCAUCUCACCGGCACCCUCAUCCUCGUCAACUCCUUGGACAUGCUCCGGGCAGCUGCAUUCAGCCCUCAAGACCACGAAGAUUUUGCCAUCUAGUGUGGCUCCCUACAGUGAUGUCUUCAUCCACGUCUCAUUUGUUGGUGGUGUCUGUAUUUUUCUGUGUUUUCCCCCUGUUUUUUUAACAGUUGAUGAUAAAAAGAAGAAGUGGAGAUUGCUCUCCCCAGGUUUAAAGAGGCCAAAGUUUGCAAGUUCUCAGCAGGACUGGAAAUCAGCAGGAGGCGACCCUCCUCUUGGUGGGACGGCAUCCAGGAGGGAUGGCUUUUCAUAUGGGAUUGAUACCAGUUCAACUAUUUCUUACUCAAACACUUAAAAGGAGCGGGGGGGCGGGGAGGGAUCGCAGAAGAGAACACGUUUUUUUUAGGCAUUUACAAAUAAAAAAAUCUAAUUUUUGUAAUGAGCAGUAAAGGCUGUAACCACUUUGGGGGGAGGCUGUUGCUGUUUUGUAUGUUGUAGAGACUGCUUUUAAAUUAUCAUUUUAGAGAUGAACGCAAGCGAUGUAAAUACGUAUUUAAGACGAAGCACAGCAUUGUCCCAAUGGUUCUGGUAAACUCCCACAGUGUAGACUGACUGUAGAGCCCCAUGUGAAUUUAGGGUGUCUUCAGCCCUGCAAGCAACUUAAAUCAGAAAGGAGCUUUUUUCCCCCCAUCUUACAGAACGUAUCACCUGUUUAAUUGUUGGUUUUUUUUCCUUGUUAAAUGUAUCUACAGACAUGCAUUUUGUCAUCUGUGGGUAGGGAGGUGCUCAUGCAUGUUUGUAGAUGCACGGGUACCAUUUCUAACCAUGGGAAGGGAUGCUGCCCCUGGCGCUUGGAGCUGCGUGCUGCCCACCGUGUCUGGAAGAAGCUGGAAGUUGGGGGCUCCACACAGCCCUGCUCCUUGCUGCCCGUGGUGGUGGUGGGAGUGGGUGGCUCUGCCAUUGCAGCAAAGUGCAUGGGCACGUUCCUCCUAAUUUGAAGUCCAUUCCAGAGCUCGGCGGAGAUGUUUCAUACGUGUCUGGCGCCCUCAUACUCAUUGCCAUUGAUUACUGAGGGCUUUGAAUGGGGCUGUUUGAGAUUCCCAAACUCCAGCUGAGCUUGUAAAUAUCUCUUGCAAUGACACCGGUGCCACUGAGCUGAAUAUAUGUGGUACCGAGUGCCCGUUCUUUCCCCUCAUGUUUUAUAGCUGCCUCUUCUGGAUUACCUCCCCUCUUCCUUCUGCUCCCCAGCUUUGACAUAUUUUACACGGGAGGGGAAUAUUUUUGCACAGAAACAUUAUUUGAGGUGCAAAGUCUCUACAGUGAGGAAGAUGGAUUGUUAAGGGUGGUUUUCUUUCAGGUUGAACCAGAAAAAAAACAGAAAGAGCGGGGAAGGCAUCUUUGGCAAAGGCAGUAUAAGCACACAAGAGCGGUUGCUGUGGCCGGGCUCUCAGGAUCAGGAUCAGGAGGUGGUGACACUUAGGCUUGAUUUCUUCUCCUAGGAGGCUACAGGUGAUGUGAGCUCCCUGGAAGAGCCAGGUGUGGGGCACUGCCCACAGGUUUGCAGGUGCAGCUGGUGAGCAGGCAUCUGAUGGUGCUGGCAGCCUCGGGAGAGAAUGUCCUCCCACAGCUUCACUGCUUUACAUCCUCUUCCCAAAACGACGUCCCCAGCAGCAGUCUCCCCUUACAGGACCCCACCAGAAACCAUUAGCACCUUAAUUUCUCCUCAGGGGCUUUGAGGAGUUUCCUAUGCAACGCAGCGUAGCACAGAAAUAAACAGGGUCUGCCGGCACCUGAGCCCGCGAUGCUUUUCCUUUCUCUUUACAACAGCAGGGCACUGUAAGAGCACGUUUUCCUCACACCAAGCAAAAACAAAUCUCCGAUGCAAUAAGGAGCAGCUCCUGCAAGAGAGAUCCAGCCUGUGCCAGCACGGCUUUGGCCAGGCUGGUGGGAGCAGGCAAGGGCAGCCCCAACCCUGGUGGGCAGUUGUUUUACUCUCUGGUGACUCCAAGAUGGGGACAUCCCUAAUGAAUCUCAGCUUUUACUUUUUGCCCUCCCCUUGGUUUUUCUAACUACCUCAGGUACUCUACGCCCAGCUUAACAUUUCAGCGGCAGCACGAAGCUUGCUGUGCUCGGCUCCCAGGAUGCUGUGAGCCGUGGCGAAACGCUCAGCACAUUUCGGGGCGACCACUGUGUUGCUUUGUCCCUCCCUCGGUCAGAAAUCCCAGCUCUCCUCACCUGCUGGGGCUGGGCUACAUCCUUCAGAUGCCUUCUGCCUGCUGUCUGUCGAGCCCGUCCAGAACUGCGCCUGGGCUUUGCAUCAUUACCGCAGUUGGUGCAGCAACUGGUUAUUGUACUCACAUUUAAUGUUCCUUUUUAAAACAAAAAUAAUAACUUUUUUUGGAGGAAAAAAAAAUAUUACUAUUAAAGCUGUUGCUAUUGCA